AUGUUGUUUUUUCAUAUUUUACAAUACAUUCUUAUUAGUCUUUGUGUGUAUGUAUUUACCGCCUUUAUUUAUCUUGUAUACCACACAAAUCAAUUAUACACAACUCAACACAUAGAUUCUAAAGAUUAUGAUUAUGUAAUAGUAGGUUCUGGAACUGCAGGUUCUCUGAUAGCUCACAGAAUUGCAAAAGAAACCAAUUAUACAUAUGUUGUGAUUGAGGCUGGAGGAGGAAGUAAUCCACUUUUUGAGAUCCCAAUACUAGGUCCAAUGUUACAUGGAUCAGUUUAUGAUUGGCAAUAUGAAACUGUUCCACAAACUAAUGCAUGCCUUGCAAUGGAGGAAAAUAAAUGUAAAAUGACCCAAGGCAAAAUUUUUGGUGGCUCAUCAAAACUCAAUAACAUGAUACAUGUUAGAGGAAACAUUUCACAUUAUGUCAACUGGUUUCAUGGAAAAUAUACUAAAUACUACAUCAAGGAACAGUUUGAAUAUAUAGAAAAAAACAUAAUUCACCUUAAUCCUAUUACAUAUACUACUGAAUUGAGCAAUAACAUUCUACUUGCUGCUCAGGAACUUGGCUAUGAACUUAUAGGCAAAGAUUUUAAACUAGGUUUUUCCAAACCAACGGUUUCACAAGUUAAUGGAAAACGUUGGGCAAAUUCUGAUAACGUAGAGAACAAACAUGUACUGCUUAACACAGUUGUAGAAAAACUAUUAUUUAGAAAUAAGAAAUGUUAUGGUGUGCAACUAACUAAUAAACUUAGGCUAUAUGCUAAGAAAGGUGUAAUUAUAUCAGCUGGUGCAUUAAAUAGUCCAAAAAUUUUGCAAUUAUCUGGUAUUGGGCCAGCUGAAUUAUUAAAGUCAUUUGAUAUUCCUCUUUUAAAGGAGUUGCCAGUUGGAAAAAAUCUACAAGACCAUAUAGGAACUGGUUUAGACUUAGUACUUUUUAAUAAGUCACUUUCGGUCAAUGCAUUUAAUUGCUUUAAUCCAAUACACAUUUUUCAAUACUUUUUCCAAGGGCAGGGUCCUUUAACAACAACUGGCUGUGAGGUUGUUGGCUUUUUAUCAACGAAAAACCGUACUGAACCUGACAUACAGUUUAUGGUGUUGCCAGUUGGUAUUAGUGCAGACAGGGGUAGUCAUUUAAGAAAAACUCUUAGGAUAAAAGAUUAUGUAUGGGAUAAUUAUUUCACCAGAGUAUUUGACAAGCAUGCAUCUACAAUUUUAGCUUUAAUUUUACACACUAAGAGUAAAGGAGAAGUUUAUAUACAAAGUAGGAAUCCUGAAAUGCCUCCACUGAUUGAUCCAAAAUAUUUUCAGAAUAGAGACGAUGUUGACACUUUAAUAAAUGCUGUAAAACUCAUAAAGACUUUUGUAUUGUCUAAAAAAAUGAAAGCUUUUGGUGCCAUUUUAAAUAACAUUCCUUUCCCAGGAUGCGAGAGUCAUCUGUUCUUCUCCGAUACAUAUUUAGAAUGUUAUAUUAGACAUUUAACUUUAUCAACUUUUCACCCAGUAGGAACUUGUUCUAUGGGCUUGCCAGAUGGAAAUAACACAGUAGUAGAUACAUCAUUUAAAGUUAUUGGCUUAGACAAUCUGUAUGUAGUAGAUGCAUCAGUGUUGCCAACAUUACCUAGUAGCAAUAUUAAUGCAGCUGUUGCAAUGAUGGCUAACAUUUUCUUUGAAAAUAAUGUAAAACAACAGAGAAGGCUAAAUAAAAAUCUUUGCUUUCAAAGAUCUUUAUCAGAUAUUGUUAACAAUACAUGUCCAGUUGAUAAGGCAUCUUUAUGA